AUGAGGAAACUUUUUCUGAGAAACAAUUUUUCAAAUGCAUCAAUGGACCACAGCUCUGAAUCUUUAAUAGACAAGUCUAACAGGGGGCAAUUAUAUAAAGAAGAACAAUAGUUCUCGAAAAGUAAACUGAAAAGCGAGUUAUAGAUCAAGGCAAUAUAAUUAACUCCAUAAAUACUUAAGAAAAAGAAAAUGAUCAUCAUUGAAAACUAAUUCUCAUCCAAAUAAUUGAAAAAGGACAAGGAGACAAUGAUGCUGCCAUAGUUAGAAUUAAACGAGACUUCAUCAACAGAAGAAGAUUAUGACUCUGAAAUUGAUCUAUCAUCUACAUAAAAUCUAUAAAACCCAAUGUUCCAAGCAUUUAUCAAAGUUCAAUAGAAAAGGGAAAAAAUAAUGAAAUAACUGGGAAAAAAAUAAUAUAAAAUUACUCAAUUUUUUAUUUGA